AUGUCUCGUUCUCGUCUUCCUCCGACCCCCGCCAUGUCGGGGGAACUCAUCAUCAAGGAGCAGACAUCCUUGGACGGAACAGACCUGUUCGCUCUACCUCCUGCCGCCGUCAGUCCAUCCAACCUGGACCACCCCAGCCGGAGAUCCUCAAGAUCAGACCCCUCAGUUUACUAUCCGGUCUCGCCCACCUCCCCAGACGCCGCUCGGAGUCGUGCAAACCAACCCCAUCAGACCGGCGUCAAGAGGCCACUCGAAGACUUUGGCCUGCCGCCACCUCCCACCCGCACCCGCAAGAUCAUCCAGAUGAAGCCCAAGGCACACACCCAACCCAAGCCUCCCCCGCCGGCCAACAAGUCCCGGGAGAAUGGCAAGAACCCCAGCAACAGCCCGACGGCGGCGGCGUCCAAAAAGAAACAACCCAGUGCGACGAGCGCGGCCGGUCGGAAAAUUGCCCGGAAGACCGCCCACAGUUUGAUCGAGCGACGGCGGCGGUCCAAAAUGAACGAGGAAUUUUCGACGCUGAAGGAUAUGAUUCCCGCCUGUAAUGGCCAGGAGAUGCAUAAGCUGGCUAUCUUGCAGGCAAGCAUUGACUACGUCAAUUACCUGGAACAGUGCGUCCAGGAUCUGAAGACGACCGACCAGCCGGCCACGGCCCCUCUGCGAAUGCCGCCCGGACCUCCCUCUCCCACGUCACCUGAAAUCCUGGGGGAUGAGGCCGAGGACCCCUCGGCUUCGGUAUCCCCGGACCUUCCUCCAUACCAGGCUCCCCAGGCAUCCCUGGCAUCUCCCUGGGGUGGUGUACUACCGACCGCUGCAGCAGUCGAGCCUCUACCCUCUAUCCUCCCCAGCCCGGCCCUGGGUCCCAUGUAUCUUGCCGACCAUGGCAUCCCUUCGUCGCAUGCAUCAUGGACGGCAUCGUCCGCACACACAUCACCAGCGCUCCACCCGCAGUAUAUGAACCCGUCCGCCAAUCUCGACCACGAGGCGUCAGCUGCGCUGCUGAUGUUGAACCGGGAGUGUCGCCGGUCGGUGGGGUCUGUGGGGUCUGUGGGCUCUGUGGGCUCUGUCGAGGGGCAUCACACUCCACCGGAAGGCCCCCGAGUUGCGAUGCAAGAUCCCCACAAGAAGACGGGAAUGAGCGUUCGAGAACUGUUGAUUUCUUAG